AUGGUACUGGUAAUGUCGCUUCCACGUGAGGCUCAUCAGUUUCGGACCUCUGCUCGGGUACAGGCCUUACCUGCUCCACUUAUUUGGAUGGUGCUGAAGCCUGUCCAGAAGCUCAUUGCCAUCAUACUUGGCAGGAGUUUAAGGAAAUGGUGGGUGGCGUUGCCUGACAAUCGGCGUGAGCUCUUCCGCCAGUGGGCGUGGCGGCAGCGCUGGAGGCUGGCAGCGGCUGCGGGCAUGGCGGCGGCGGUCACGGUCCUCCUCAUCUUUACGCACCUAGACCAAUCCCCGUUGACUGGACGCACACGCCUCCUGGUUUUCAGCAGGCAGAACUACAUGGAGUUAGCAGCUGUUACCUCAAAAUUUUACAUGGAGGAGUUUGGUGAGCUUCUGCUCCCCAAGAGUGACGCUCGCCAUCAGGCAGUGGAGCAAGUGGUUCAGCACCUAGCACGGCGUAACCUGGACCUCCCCGAAAUGGCCGACAUUGACUGGAGCGUCCACGUGGUGCAGAGUGACAUCACUAAUGCCUUCGUGCUCCCGAAUGGCAAAGUGUUCAUGUUCACGGGCAUGCUGCAAGCUGUGACGGACAUCCACCAGCUCACCAUCGUCCUGGCGCACGAGAUGGCCCACGCUUUACUGGGACAUGCUGCGGAGCAGGCCAGCCUGUCCCACGUGUUGGACCUCCUGUCGGUGGUCCUGCUCGCUGCCAUCUGGGCCGUGUGUCCCCGCGACAGCUUGGCGCUGCUUGGUCAGUGGGCCCAGGAAAAGCUCAUGCAGGUGAUGUUCAACCGUCCUUACAGCAGAAAGCUGGAGGCGGAGGCUGACCAAGUCGGCUUGCAGUUGGCGGCCAAGGCGUGCGCUGACGUGCGUGCGGGUCCCGUUUUCUGGCAACAGAUGGACAUGAGGGAGAAGCUGAGCGGCGAGCCCAGCCUGCCCGAGUGGAUGUCUACGCAUCCGUCGCACAAGAACCGCGUGGCGCAACUUGACCGCCUCGUGCCGCAAGCUCUGGAGUUGAGGGAGCGCUGCGUGUGUCCGCCUCUGCCGUCCAGUGACCCGCGCAUCGUUUUCUCUACGAGUGUACGCGUGCUGCUGAAGGAUGCAAAGGGUGUGGGCGGGGCGCGGUUACCUGGCGGGCCUUCCGGAGUGAUGGUCCCCGCGGCCCUAAUGGCCCAAACCCCGCCUCAUGAACGGACCCAAUGA